CCUGCCCUCAAAUGCUAGGUUUUGAUUUUUGAGCGUGUUCAUCUGUGCUCCGAUCUGGUUCCGAGGCCCUUAGACACAGCACGUAGGGAUUUUGUGCCCGUCCCCGAAUAAAAUCGCCUUUUUAAUCUAGGAUAGUUUUUCGUGUAAAUUUCUUCGACGCGAAACGGUUUCGAGCUCGGGCCGAGGGUCAGAGUGAAAAUCGGCUCGCGCCGUCUCAGCGAUGGGCGAGGCGGACGGCGGAUUUCCCUCAUCAGCGGCGGAGUCGGGGAAAUCGUUCCACCUCCCCCGUGGGCCGGAAUAAAAUCCUAAAACCGGGGGGCGAAAUUACGAGAGGGUCCUUCGAAAUUGUGCAAUUUCAAGGCGUCAGGGGAUUCGUGGGUCCGUCCUUCGGCCGACUGCGACGAGAUAUCUCCUCCUUCGGCUUAACCUCAACUCCCGAAUCAGUCAGUGUUUCGAUACGCGCGGUGGUGCAGGCGGAGCGAGAUCGGUCGUUUAUGCGUUUUCAGGCUUGGAUUUGAUGGAAGAAGAGGACAAGAGGCCCUGAACAACGACACCGAGGAUAGGAACGAUUUGAAAUGCCUCCCAAGCAAAGGAAAAUCGCUAUCAUGGGCUACAGAUCCGUAGGCAAAUCUUCCCUGAGCAUCCAGUUCGUCGACGGGCAGUUCGUCGACUCGUACGACCCUACGAUAGAAAAUAUUUUCACAAAAACGACUAGAGUGAAGAGCCAGGACUACGACCUGAAGCUGGUCGACACGGCCGGACAAGACGAAUAUUCGAUAUUUCCGGCUCAGUACUCGAUGGACGUCCACGGCUACGUCCUCGUCUACUCGAUCACGUCCUCUAAGUCCUUCGAGGUGGUGCAGAUAAUUUACGACAAACUGCUCGACAUGAUGGGGAAAAUUCAAGUUCCAAUAGUGUUGGUCGGUAAUAAAACGGAUCUUCACAUGGAGAGGAUGAUCAGUUCAGAUGAGGGAAAAAGACUGGCGAUAUCCUGGAAGGCGGCUUUUCUGGAGACUUCGGCUAAACAAAAUGAGUCAGUUGCGGAUGUGUUCCAUACAAUGCUAUUGGAAAUAGAGAAAGCCAACGGCAACGUGACCGACAAAGGAAACUGCACACUCUCUUGAACCCAGGGGGAAGCAUAUUCGUAUAUAUUUAUGAGGGCGAAACGGUGCAUAAUGGAAAAAAAAAUUAUGAGCAGAUGAUUGACAUCCUACAAUAAUGGGUAUUUGUCUUUAAAAACGAUGAGUGCCAUUUAACUUGAACAAGUAAAAUUAAUUAAAAAAAAAAAAUUAAUAGAGAGAUUUUAAAUAGCUCAAGUAAAAUAAA